AUGGAUAACGCUUGGGAAGAACUUUUAAGUGAACAUGUGCAAGAACCCCUUCAAAAAGACGCUACUUCAACAGCAGCGAUAUUUUGUUCUCCAAAUAGAUCUUCUUUGCAGCAAGUCGAUAAACUAUUCUUUUGCGAUACGCCUUCUAUGGACCCUUGCCAAAGUAACUUCGAAUUGUUGAAAUUUCGUUCCUUAGUUUAUAAAGACUCCAUAUCAAAGACAGGUCAGGUGAAGAGUUCUCGAGACCUGGACGUAUAUUUUCUUUACACACCUUUUCCAGGAUCAACGUUAGAUAUUAUUGAAAAUAUCAUUUCGGCAAGAAAGAAUUCUGUUUCGAACUCCUUUGAACUGCAAUGGCAUUUUGUAUUAGAUUGGGCGGAGACAGAUCACCGACAAUGGCUAAAUUAUUUACAUUCAUAUUUUCAGGAACUAAAAGAAAGAAACCUGUUUCCUCCUAGUGAAAAAUGUGCAACUAUUUGGUGUAUAAAUACAGAUUCCAUCUAUUCAUUAUUGAAAAGUAGUACUUUGUGGCAUACCCAUCAUAUAGAUUUUAUUCAGCAGUCUUUGCGAGUCUUUUGUCUCUUUGAAAAUUGUUCCUUAAUUUAUGCCUCUUUAUCUAAAGAAGAUGAUAAACAAUUUUACAGAGAUUUAUUCAGAGAUGCCUAUGAAAACACACCUUUACCAAUUGAAAUGGCAAGCUUUACAAAACUUGUCAUACCGCAUCGCUCAGAUACAAGAGAGUUGAUUAAAACAUUAGAUGAAGACUUCCAUAUACCUGCUAAUCUAGAUGCAGCCUUUUUUGAAAAGUACAAAGAGGUAUUACCUUUGGGAGGGUAUGCCUGUGAUAUCGCAUCUCCUACAUCUGAUAGUAUUUCCCCUAAUAUUCAUGAUUUGCUUGAUGAACAAUAUCAACUAUCAAAAAUAUAUUCCAAAUUAUCGAAAAGUAAAGUGUGA